GGGCAGAUCCGCCUAGGACGCGACACUUAUCGGAGGCAGUGAUUCUUCCGAGCGCAGCGCGGCGGCGCUUGGGAGGCCGCCACUCUCGACCAGGACGCCGGCGAUGGACGCCACGGCCCUGCACGUGCGCGCCGGCCCCGCGGCCAAGGCCCACCCGGGCGUGCCGCUCGGCGCCUACCUCCUCGACGCGCUCAGGCGGCACGCCGAGCUCGACAUCCCCGCGCAGGUGGACUCGCUGACCGGGAGGGAGAUGUCGUUCCCCGAGCUGCUGCUGCAGUCAGUGCAGGCCGCGGAGGGAUGGCGCGCCCUCGGGCUCACCAGUGGCGACACCCUGGCCGUGUUCUCAUUCAACAACCACCAUCUGUACCCGGCGUUCUUCGGCGCCAUCCUGGAGGGAAUCACCGUCGCCAUCGUCAAACAUUCGACGGCAGACGAGUUGCGCGGCUUCCUCGAGAAAUGCGGUCCGAAAGCCAUUCUCACUGAGCCGUCUAGCCUGGGCGUCACGCUGUCCGUCGCGGGGCCCCGAGACCUCGACCUCCUCCACGUCGUGACGGGCGACGUCGCCAUCGGGGCACCGCAGAACGAGGGCCGGGUGCUCUCCGUGACAGACCUCUUCGCGAGGGGCGCCCGCGCGGACCCCGUCGCCUACAGGCCUGGCAACGUCACGGACCCAAAGGACCACAUCGCCUUCCUGUCCUUCUCGUCCGGCACCAGCGGCAUGCCCAAGAUGGUCAAGUUGAGCGACUACUCCUUCACCAUGACCCUCCUUUUCAUGACGGACUGGCUCGUGCGGCCCGCCGACCGCGUGUUCAUCACGUCCCAGCUGGCCUGGAUCACGGGGCUAGCCUUCACGCUCACCUGCACCGUGGUGGGCGCCACCAGGGUCUACGGCUGGUACGACGCGCGCGCCAGCGAGGUGGACUGGUUCGGCACCCUGCAGCGGCACAGGAUUAACACGUGGUUCCUGGCGCCACCGGGACUGACGCUGCUGGCCGCCGAGGCGCGGGCGAGACGCGCGCGCGGCCAGGACGUCCCCAUGGACAGCGUGCGCGCCCUGCUCACCUCCGGGACGGGGCUGCACGCCGACGCCCAGCGCCACUUCGCCGAGGUGCUCGGGACCCCCGUCGUGCAGUGGUACGGCAUCACCGAGGUCGGCAUCGUCUCGUCCGACGGCCUGCCCGCGCGUCCGGGGUCCGUCGGCCGCAUCGCGCCCGGGGUUCAGCUGCGGCUCGUGGACGUGGACUCGGGCCAGGACGUGGCCCGCGCCGGCGUGCUCGGGGAGGUGCGCGCCACGGCGCCGUCCCUCAUGUCGGGGUACCAGGGCGGCAGCGACGCCGAGGCGCUGAGCGAGGUGCUCGACGAGCACGGCUUCUACCGCACGGGUGACCUGGGGUACCUGGACGCAGACGGAUUCCUGUUCCUCGUCGACAGGAUGAAGGACUCGCUCAAGUUCGACGGCGUACCGAUCGCCCCCGCCGAGGUGGAGGCCGUGCUGCUGUCGCAUCCCGCCGUCAAGGAAGCCUGCGUGGUGGGCCGGCCGCACCCCCGCCUCGUCGACGUCCCCACGGCCUUCGUCGUCAGACAGAGCGGGGCGGGUGACGUGUCCGAGGCGGAGCUUCAAGACCUCGUCAAGGAGCGACUCUCCUACGAAAAGUGGCUGCGCGGCGGCGUCUUCUUCCGAGAUGACAUCCCCAAGCUAUCGAACGGCAAAAUUGACCGACGAACUUUGAAAGAGUGGCUCAAGACAUUGCCGGCACCAGAAUGUGAACUUUGAGAUCGUCUGACAAGUAUGAGCGAUAAUGAUGAGACGGAGUCACGAUGUGUAAAUAAAAAGUACUUUACCGAAAA